GGUGGGGGUUGGCCCUGUGAGCGCUGCUGCGCCUUCAGUCGACCCAUCUUCACAGAUAUCAUCUGCGAUGGUCCGGGGGUAGAGGUAGGCAGUUAGGGGGCCCUUGCCAAAAUUUGUAUAGCGAGUCUGGAUGCUUGUUCUGCCCAGGCAUUCUGGUGGCAUGGACGUGAAGCGCUGUACAUAUCCUGUCAUUUAGCUGGAUAUAGAGUGCGUACUUGUUUUUCCUUUUUCUUUUACCGUGUCUAAUCGCGAUAUGGUGGUAAAUAUGAUACAAGGUAUAGAGAGUGAAUUUGGCGUGACAAAACUCACUGUUUUGGUAGCAGCUACGCAUUUUUGUGUGACAGCCUCCCAUCUCUUUUGUUUCUGAAAGUUGGGGUGAGGGUGGUUUGAAUUUGUUCUCUCUUUUGUCUAUGUCGGGAAGGGGGCAGUACAGCGACAAUAAGAGGGAGGCGAUAGACUGAUAGUGUAUGGCGGAGCUAAGCGGCUGAUGUCUUUGCCUGAUGUACAUGUGAAAUUUGAGUACUGUCCCGUGAAGACAAGAUCAUGAGUACUAGUACCCAACAUAUAUGAUCCUGGUGAUUUUUUUUUUCAUUUUCGUGUGCGUUGCGGUUGAAAAAUAUGUAUGUAAGACUCUGUUAGCCAUAUCUCAGUUGCUUGAGAAAUUUGUCAUGUCAGUCGGUUCUUGCGUGGAGGAGAGCAACGCAGCCCGAGGCUGGGGAGGCCGAGCCAUGACCUAACGACGUUGUGGCUCGGCUGAAGGAAGAUGAAGACUAGCCGUUGGAUUGAGAAAAUUGAGAGAAAUCAGUUUUUUUGGUUAGUUAAUAAUAAGCAGUUGGCCCUAUGUAACGGUGGAACCAGAGAAAGACCAAGAAACAAUGCUCUUGCGUUCUUUUGGACGGCACAUUACAUGACUAUAAGUUGUUUAUCAGUUCAACCGAAACUUGCUUAUCCAUUUUUAUGUUAUAUCUUGCUCUUCUCCUUGGCCAACUAGUAUCGGUUCGCACUAAGCUAUCGGAAUUCUUAUUUUACAGUUGGUAUAACCCACCCGAUCUCCUUGUAAGUCUCCGCUCUCCGGUCCAGAUUCCGAUCACCAUCACCAUCGGCCGAUCGGCAUGGCCGCUGGCGACGGCGAGCCGGAGCCGGCGGUGCAGCAGCGCCCGCAGCUGCAGUCGAAGAACGUGUGCGUCGUGGGGGGCGGCAUGGCAGGCCUGGCGGCGGCGCGCGAGCUGCGGCGAGAGGGCCACGCGGUCACCGUCAUGGAGCAGAGCGGCGACGUCGGCGGGCAGUGGCUGUACGACCCGGCGCCCACCCGCGGCCUCGUGCCCAGCGCCAGCAGCGCGUACGCGUCCCUCCGCCUCCGCACCCCGCGGGAGGCCAUGGGCUUCUCCGACUUCCAGCUCCUUCCCAGGGACGGCGCCGGCCGCGACCCGCGCCGCUUCCCCGGCCACCGCGAGGUGCACUGCUACCUCCGGGACUUCUGCGCCGCGUUCGGGCUCAUGGACGCCGUCAGGCUCAACACCCGGGUCGUCCGCGUCGCUCCGACGUCGACGGCGACGCGUCAGUGGGCGGUGAGGUCCGUGCGGCGCCUCGGCGGCCCGGAGGAUGGUGCGCGGGCAGAGGAGGAGGAGGAGGAGGCAGUGUUUGACGCGGUGGUCGUGGCCACCGGUCAGUACUCGCAUCCGGUGCUCCCCAGCGGCAUCGAGGGAGCGGGGGAAUGGAGGCGCCGGCAGCUGCACAGCCACUUGUACAGGACGCCGGAGCCGUUCCGCGGCGAGGCGGUGGUGGUGGUCGGCUGCGGGGACAGCGGCACGGACAUCGCGCUGGACCUCCGCCGCGUCGCCAGGGUGGUGCACCUCGCCGCCGGCUCCGAGGCCGCCACGCCGGCCGUGUCGAGGAUGGUGGCCAACCACGGCGACGUGCUACGCCUCCACCCGCGUGCACGCCGGCUGCACGCCGACGGGCGCGUGUCGUUCGACGACGGCUCCUCCGUCGUCGCCGACACGGUGAUCUACUGCACGGGGUACGGCUACUCGUUCCCGUUCCUGGACACGGGCGGGGCGGUCGCCGUGGGCGACGGCGGCUGCGUGGUCGGGCCGCUGUUCGAGCACGUGUUCCCGCCGUCCCUGGCGCCGUCGCUCUCCUUCGUGGGCGUGCCGAGGAAGGUCCUGGUGCCGUGGUUCGUCGAGGCGCAGGCGAGGUGGGUCGCGCAGGCGCUGUCCGGCCGCCGCGCGCUGCCGCCGGAGGCGGAGAUGGUGCGGGCCGUGGAGGAGCACCUCCGCGCCAGGGAGGCCGCCGGCGUGCCGAGGAAACACUCCCACCACCACAUCAACGGCAUUGACAAAAUGAUCGAGUUCAUGGAGGAGCACGGCGGCCUGACGCCGAUGGAGGAGUGGAAGGAGGAGCUGCUCCUGUCGAGCGUGGCGAGCAUGUGCGACGACCUGGAGACCUUCCGCGACCGCGCCGACGACGGCGAGAGCGUCCGGAAGGGCCUGCAGGGAUGGCGCGGCGGCUUAGCUGCUCAGGCUCAACACGAAGCCAUGGAUGCUGCUGCUGAAGCUGAAGCUGAUGGGUUGGCCAUGGAUGAUUAAUAAGCUCCCGUUUAACUGAAUUGAACUGCACAA